UCAAACUUUGUGCGAAGGUAUUUCACAUCAAAAAAGUCUUUUUUUGAACGAUCAACUGGUCGAUCCAUUGCUUCCUAAUGUUAAUGUGGAUAACCCAGUGAACCCUGUGGUUCCAAAUGUGCUUAACCCCGAAGGACUCACUUUACAUCAUUUUGCUUCUAGGAGAUUGCGAGUUUCCAUUGUGACUAGUAUCAGAGUCCUUAUGGAAAAACAAAAUUUUCCGUUACCCGAUAAUUGGACCUAUGAGCAAUUGGUCGAUGAAGUGAUUGGGCAACCUGUUGAUUUAGCCCACUUAUUUGAGAUAGUGAAGGAAAUAACCACUUAUGGAUUUGCCAGUCAACCGUUCCACCAGGUCUUAUAUUUUCUUGGCACGUUGACUCAGCCUGCGGCAGCAAUCUUAGGAGGUUAGUGCUUUCUUUCGUCUAAGUGGCUUCUCCUUUUAUAAUUAUUUCUCCCAUUCUUUUCGUUGGUCAACAACCAACCCAAAUUCUUUCUACUUCUUCACGAGUCCUACAGGAAGGAAUCUCUUUCUUUCCGGGAAUCCUUUUUCUCUCAAUCCAUCAAUAUGUUUCAAAAAUUUCCACCUUUUGUCAAAAUUUGGAAAAGUGUCAUUUUCUGGUUACCAAUUCCAAUUGCUCUUUGUGGGGUAUUCCUCACUUGUGAUGUAUUCCUCAGAAGGAGCUAUUGUGAUGCAGCGGAACCAUGGCAAUUAGGAUCUCAAGACGCAGCAACACCUAUGAUGCAAGGAAUAAUCGACUUACAUCAUGAUAUCUUUUUCUUCCUCAUUCUGAUUUUGGUUUUCGUAUCACGGAUCUUGGUUCGCGCUUUAUGGCAUUUCCACUAUCAAAAAAAUCCAAUCCCGCAAAGGAUUGUUCAUGGAACUACUAUCGAGAUUCUUCGGACCAUAUUUCCUAGUAUCAUCCCGAUGUUCAUUGCUAUACCAUCAUUUGCUCUUUUAUACUCAAUGGACGAGGUAGUAGUAGAUCCAGCCAUUACUAUCAAAGCUAUUGGACAUCAAUGGUAUCGGACUUAUGAGUAUUCAGACUAUAACAGUUCCGAUGAGCAGUCACUCACUUUUGACAGUUAUACGAUUCCAGAAGAUGAUCUAGAAUUGGGGCAAUCACGUUUAUUAGAAGUGGACAAUAGAGUGGUUGUACCAGCCAAAACUCAUCUACGUAUUCUUGUAACAUCUGCUGAUGUACCUCAUAGUUGGGCUGUACCUUCCUUAGGUGUCAAAUGUGAUGCUGUACCUGGUCGUUUAAAUCAGAUCUCUAUUUCGGUACAACGAGAAGGAGUUUACUAUGGUCAGUGCAGUGAGAUUUGUGGAACUAAUCAUGCCUUUACGCCUAUCGUCGUCGAAGCUGUUCCUAGGAAAGAUUAUGGUUCUCGGGUAUCCAAUCAAUUAAUCCCCCAAUCCGUGGAAGCUUAAGUAGACAUGAAAGAAUAGGAUGAGGGAAAGGGGGGGAGCCACUAAAUGGAAGGCUUCACUCGCUCGCUCUAACGCUCGUUUAGGAGACAGCGAGUGGAGUGCAGAAGCCCCUUUAGAGAUAGGGGGGAGUACUACACGAGCUCGUAAGUCAAGUACGGAACGAGCCUUGUCUACGAAGCAGAGCGACCUCGGCUUGCUUGCUUCUGGCGAAGCUUCUAGAACUAGAUAAUAAGCAUUCUUCGAUAGUCAAAAGACUACUUAUUAGGCCGACCACUACAUACAUAGGAGCGAUAGCGAAGCCAAGCCGUAUAAAGGCGAGCAGCCCUUAUAGCAGCAA